CCAAUGUGAUCGGAUGAAAUAAGCAACCGUCCGUCAAGUCAAAUUGGUUUGCACAUUUUUUAACAAUGUCCAAUCAUAUGUCGUAAACAAAAACUAAAUUUUCGUAAGUUUUUCAAGACAUAUAUUCAGAUCCUUAACCUACAUCACACUGCCAAAUUGUCUGUAUUCCCCCACUUAACUGGUUCCUACGAAAAAACGGAAAGGCAUGCUUGCUUCAAUGUGCUCGCAAUUUAUGAACUGAUAUACAUUUUUGGCCGCAGAAAUAAUUAGAAAUGGCUGGACCAGACGUUGCUGCAUUAGCAGCAGAUUUAGCAAGAGCGGUCGACCUAACCCUAAGUGAUGGUGCUUCACAACAGGAUAGAAUGAGGGCCUACCAAGCUUGUGAGAGUUUUAAAGAAACUUCACCACUGUGUGCAGAGGCAGGUCUGUACUUGGCUGCUGGUAUUCAGCACUCACCUAUUUCCAGACACUUUGGUUUACAACUUAUGGAACACACAGUUAAAUAUAGGUGGACUCAAAUAUCGCAACAAGAAAAGCUGUUCAUUAAGGAAAAUGCAAUGAAACUUCUAUCUGCUGGGGGCAUCAGUGACGAAUCUCAUAUGAAAGACGCUCUCAGUCGAGUAGUUGUUGAAAUGGUGAAAAGAGAAUGGCCUCAGCAAUGGCCUGGUUUGUUAUCUGAAUUGUCGGAUGCCUGUUCCUGUGGAGAAACUCAAACAGAAUUAGUACUGCUAGUGUUUCUACGUCUUGUUGAAGAUGUAGCCCUCUUACAGGUACCUUGUGGUGUAAUAUUUUAAUGUUAAUUUCAAUUA